AUGUCCAAACUUAACUGGCAGAAUCCCGAUCAGUUUAACAACGAACCCACUCCAGAUGAAAUAUUACCAGGCAUUAAAUUAAGACAUACAGAGAGGACUGGAAUAUAUAUCAGCAAUGCUGGUAGCCUCUUGAAGAACAAAAUGAGAUUCUGGAUUUUUGAAAUAUUAAAAAAGAGCAGACGUAUUAGAAUUAGUGAAAUUAUCCUUAAGGUGAAAGAUGGAUUAUUAAGUGUUUAUAUCACAGGGAUUAUUACAAAACUGAUAGAAAACUGUCCAAGAGGAAAAUUUGACAUGACUUCACCAGACGAACAACUUGGUUCCUUCUUCUUCACUGUCAAAUAUGGUAGUAACGAGAGUAAGAUAUUUAAUGCCAAUUGUAGAGUAGAACAUUUAUUAGAUAAUAUUCGAGAACAGUGUCAUUGUUCUGAUCAAGAUACAAUAGAAUUAUCUGAUGAACGAGGUCGAGUUAAAAAUAUUAGAAAUAAAAAAGAUGAUUUUGGUAUAAAAUUUAUCAAUGAAAGAGAAAAUGUUAUUUUACUCAAGGUCGAGGUCGACGGUUCCAGUGCAAAUAAAGAGUCCAACAAUAAACCCAAGUUUAUUCCAUUGUUAACAGAAUUACAGGAUAACACGGCUUUUAUAGAGGCCGUAAAUCUAGGAAAGACUGGAGACGAUCCAGUUUUAAGACGGAGAUCCUCGAUGACGCCAUCAGAUCAGGGUGAAAUGACUGGAAAAAGUGGUGGAAAAACUAAGUCGUCUUCUUCUAAAAAGAAAAGUUUUGGCAGGCGUCAAAGCUCACGGGUUAUGAUGAAAAGAUGA